CCCCCCCCCCCCUAUUUGCAUAGUCCAAAUUCAGGAAGAUGGUCUUGCACUGGAGCCAAUGGAGUGGGUGGCUAAGAAAGUGCUUCUGGCUAUCUAUUUUCCCCCAUGAAUUGACAUGGAUUCAUAUGGAUUCUUUAUACCACAGUGAGUAAAUCUCUAAAGCCAUGUUCCACUUCACAAGUCAAAAAAAAAAUCAGGUAGUCUCGUACAUUUUAUGCUUUAGUUUUGUUGUUAUUUUAAGCCUAUGUUAUUCUUGUAUUAUUCUAAUAAGUAAUAUUUGCUAUUUGCAUUCAUUUGGAACGUGUUAAAAAUGCCCUAUCUUUACAUUGAGAAUGAAUUAUACCCAGUUCUGUAUUGACAUUGGCACUUUUAUUCUGAAGGUUUCGUCGUUACAAUACGAUUAUGGUGUCAUCGUUGCCGGCAUGAGACACCAUUAUCAGAAUACUCAUGAAUAAUUCUGACUGACUUCACUUUUCCGAUAUCUCAUUUACCUUCUCCGAUAUAAUGAAUAAUUUGUUCCGAAUGAUCUUUCUGAAAGUGUUGUUUCAGCUGGUUAGCCUGGGCAUCACACUUAACUGUAAUGUUACUCAACAUCACAAUGGUACCACAACCUAUCACCUCUCAGAGACCCCACCUUCAGAAAGUUGUGUGUCACAGUGGAUGCUUCCAAACGGCUCCACGCUGAGUUUUAAUCACGAAGCAAACUUUGAUAUGUUACUGGUUCUGACAAAUCAGUCCAUCACCAGCAAAUUUUUUCUGGGCCCUGUGAAGUACACAUUAGAAUGUGUAAAGCCAAAGGUGCUGAUUGAACUACAAUGUAACUGCACUUUAAAAUCUUGCAUCCUGAAACCAAACCUUGACAACAUAGAGAUCACUGAGUUGGAUGGUGGUGUAGAAGUGUGGCCUCAUGUCCUGUGGGUGAUUGGUUCCUGUGUGUUGCUGUCAAUCACUCUGCUCUCCAUCUACCUCUACAGACACAGGGUGAGAUUCAUGUCAAAACUGCAGCGACUGAGUCCUGUUUCCUCCUCUUCUGCUGGCCACUCCCUUCCAGCCACGGUCUUGCCUUACCAGGAAGGACAUGCCCUCGUGAAUUUCAGCACUCCAUGCUACAAGGAGCGCCUCCCACAGGACGAACAGAAAAAGGUGGAGAAUGAAGGAGAGGAAGGAGAGGAAAGAGAGGAAGAAGAGGAAAUAGAGGAAGUUGUUGGUACUCGAGGUCUCCUACUAUAUCACCGGCGGCAUUAUGCAAAUUAGUGUGUGACGCCCUACUGUGUAUAUUUCUUAUGUUUUCGUAUUUUAUUCAUUCUACUCUUGUAUACAUAUAUAAAAUAUGUAUUUAUUA